AAACAAAAAAGAUUUUUAUACAUCUAAAAAUUAAUUUGGAAAUUUUUAUUUUGGCAAAAUAAUUAUUUGAAAUGGAUUACGGAAACAGUGGUGCAGAGUUUAACUGGAGCUACGUGGGUGGCCAGGGCGGCAACGGCGGCCAAAGCAUGACGUACCCUCAGAUGGGUCAGAUGGGUCAGGGCAGCUAUGGCUCUGGCGGUGGACAGCAGUGGCUACACUCAAACCAGGGCUACCAAAACUCAGUGCCCAACUCCACUCCACCGGCUCCGUUCGAGGCGUACAAUCAGUCAAUGAUGCGCUACACGAAUGUCCACAAAGCAGGCGGAGGCAUGGGUCAUAUGGGCAUGGGUGGAAUGGGCGGCAGUUACGGCGGAUAUGGCUCCGGAAUGAAUCGCAAUGGUCUGGGCCAUGCCGGUGGUGGCAUGGGUCAAAAUGCCAACAGCGGCUACUCCAGCUGGUAACGGAUUGUUAGUGAUGGAUCUCUGCAUUCGCGUAUAUUUGCCCAAUUAUUUUGAAAUUUUUCCCUGACUAGUUCUUCGCCACUCAAAUGUUAAACCAAUUAAAAAAUCUCCUGAAGUAAA